UGUUGAUUACUGUUAUCUCUAACCAUUAAUUCAGGUUAAUUUUAAAAAGUAAACAAAAAAAAAAGAGAAAAACAUUUAUGGUAUAGGCUGAAACGAGUGGGUCAAACAAAAACUAAAAAAAGAGAAGAAGAAAAACCAACAUUGGCACGUUCCAAGAAAUUGCAAUAUCAAAAACUACAACAAUUGUAACUUAAUUUAUAUUACAGCUUAGCCUUUUCACCUUGUUUGCUCACGCUUGUGCAUAUAUAAUUAUGCAAUCGCUGCAGUUCCCCUGAAUGCACAGCGCCAACAACAAAAUCAGACGUUCAUUGAUAAAAAGCGUCGACAACAACGGUUAUAAAUUAAACAAGUGCCUGAAGAGGAGUAUAUAUGAACAAAAACGUUCAACCAGUCGAAAAGUAAACAGCAAAUAUACUAAAAUAAUUACUGCCGCAUUGAAAAAGACUUACAUAAUCUUUCAAAAUAAAAGUAUAUUUAAAAAAAAACAAUAAAAUCAUUUGAGAAACUUAGUUCAAUUGCAGAGUUUAUUUUACUAAAAUUUUACUAAAUACAGACAACAAUAUUGCAACGAAUAAACAGCACAGAAAUAUCAAAUUUUAAUCGACAACAAAAUAAACAAAACAAAAAGUGUCAAUCACAACAAAACCACCAAAAAUAGAGCAAAUAAUAAAAUCAAGAAUAGACAACAAAUUAAGUGGCAAAUAAGCGGAGAGAAUUAACAGCAGAGAGUAACAGCAGCUGUUAAGUUAACAGUAAUAUUGGGAGAAUCAACAAGAGUGAUAAGAGAACAGAGAAUUAACAGCUCUCCACAGUGAGAGUAACAGCGAAAAAUGAAUUCACCACAGCUGGUGCACACAGCAGCGCAAGCUCACCAUGCUGAGAGUGCUGGGCAAACGUCGCUGCCUCUGCCGCAGUCGCAGUCGUCGCAGGCUGCGCAGUCUGGAAAUAAAUACGCGCCUGGAAGAAGACUAGCUGCGCGGCAAACUCUUCGAUUAGCAAUACCGAAAUCACAGGGCGACCCACCGAACCACCCACCGAGUGUGGGGCUUUUCCGGCCCUCCCCCUCGCAAUUGCCACCCGCACCGAUUUUAAAGCGCGUUCCAGCGGUCAACAGUUGCAGCAGCGGCAGUGGAAUACCGAAGUCCGCCUCGCCAUUGGAAUCUCAUCACCUGCCCAAUGUCACGCCCACCACCGCCCACACCCGUAUGGGUUAUGGAAUCCAGGGAGCGGGGGGAGGUAGCGGCUGUUCCAGCGCCUCAUCGGCAUCCAAUUUCCUGGGGGUUCGUAAGCCCAGCCUGACCUUGAACUCAUCGGACAUCAGAAACAACAACGAUCUGUUCGCCUUUCCCAAGGACAUGUCGCCUGUUUUGAGUGAACACUCCCACUCGCCCAUGUUCACGGAUUUAUCAUCGGCUAACAGCAAUGGAUCACCAACGCAUCACCACCAGCUAGGCAGAUUAUUUAGCCUGAGUCCUUCAAGUAUUAGAAGUUACGGAAAUAUGACAGACUUCUCGGAUAGUUCGCCCAGUGGGGUGUUGAGUCCAGCCUCCUCGCUGAUCGAGAAUUUCCACAAGAAGAACGGCUCACCGCAACCACUCGGUAGCAGCAGCACCACCACCACAGUCACCCCCACGACCUUGAAUGGAUCUGCAGUGGGUGGGGUGGGCGGUGUGGUGGCCAGCACCGCGAAUGGCAGGCAAAUUAACACCAGCUCUAGUUCAUGCAGUAGUCUUAAGGAAACCUCACACCAGUCCACGUCCACAUCACAACAGGUUGUCAACAGCAGCAGCAGCAGCACGACGACGCGGGUGGAGAAGAAGUCCCAGCGCCUGCACCACCACAUCACCUCCUCAUCCUCCAGCUCCUCAACCACCCAGGCUCUGUCCACCUCAUCCGAGAUGAAGGCGGCGGAAAUCAAGCGAGAUCUCACAAACAUCCAGAAGUCCAUGUCGGAAAUCAACGAUCUGGCCAAGGAGCGGAUCACCGGUGGACCUGGUUCCAUUAGCACCACCUCAGCCUCUGCGAUCACAGCGCCCAGCACAAUGUCACAUGCGACGUCGACGAGGCUGGCACCCAAACUCACAUCGGCCCAUCCGUCGAUCGACGAUCUCAGGGGUCUCAGUAGCCAGGACAAGAUCACCCAGCUGCAAAAGAAAAUUCGGGCCUCGCUUGAGAAUCUGGUGGACGACGAUGACAGCAAUGUGAUCGUGACCCUGCCGGAUGACGACGACUGCCCGCAUAGCUUUGGCAGCCUCAGCCACCCCACCGCCGCCCAGCUGAGUGCCAAUGGGUUGAGCGGGUCGAGCAAAACAAUCGAUACGAUCAAGUUCCAGGAGAAGAGCAUGAAGACCGAGUCCAAGACGAAGGUGGUCACCGAUGGCUUCAGUUCCGAACAGGCCACCAGCAACUCGGCGGAGAUGAAGCGCCUCCAAACCGGAGACAUAGACUAUCAGGAGAGCAAGGGUGCGUCGGCGAUGAGGAAUCGAUUGGAGAUGGACGGUGUCAAAACAGAGGAGAAUGCAGCCGUUAUUAAGGAAGCACUAUCGCUGCGCACCGGCGACAUCACACAGCAGGCGAGCAACAAUGUGGCCGCCUCCAGUAUUACUGUGCAGAGUGAGAACUUCUCUGCGGACAAGAAGGCGAUCUCGCAGUCGCAGCAGUCGCAGACGAUGACCUCCAACGGGAUCAUUAGCCAGGAGAAGCACGUGUCCUCCGCCUCGCAGGCCAACUACUCAAUGUCGCAUAAGGGCGUCUCCAGCACCGGCAGCAGCAUGAUCACCAGCUCCUCAGCUCAAAUGUCUGCGAUGAACGGCCAGAUGCUGAAGCUCACUGAUCUCAAGUUGGAUGACCUCAAGUCCCUAACGGCGGGCAGUGGGCAGCAGGAGAUCGAGCAGACCAUCAACAAGUAUUCCAACAUGCUGACCUCAAUAGUGAGCUCCCUGCAGGAAGACGAGCGAGGGGGCAGUGCCAUAACCGCCCACGAUGUUGGUGGCAAGAAGUCGCAGUACCUGGAGAAGAUCAACGAAGUGAUCCGAAGAGCUUGGGCAGUGCCCACCCAUGGCCACGAGCUGGGCUACUCGUUGUGCAACUCCCUGCGCCAAAGUGGCGGUCUCGAUCUUCUCAUGAAGAACUGCGUCAAGCCCGACCUCCAGUUCUCCUCCGCCCAGCUGCUCGAGCAGUGUCUGACCACCGAGAACCGGAAGCAUGUGGUGGACAAUGGCCUGGACAAGGUGGUGAAUGUGGCCUGUGUCUGCACCAAGAACUCCAAUAUGGAGCACUCCCGCGUGGGCACUGGCAUUCUGGAGCAUCUGUUCAAGCACUCGGAGGGCACCUGCUCGGAUGUGAUAAGGCUGGGCGGCCUGGAUGCCGUGCUCUUCGAAUGUCGCACCAGCGACUUGGAGACAUUGCGACACUGUGCCAGCGCCCUGGCGAAUCUAUCGCUCUACGGCGGAGCCGAGAAUCAGGAGGAGAUGAUACUGCGCAAGGUGCCCAUGUGGCUGUUCCCCUUGGCCUUCCACAACGAUGACAAUAUCAAGUACUAUGCGUGUCUGGCCAUUGCUGUGCUGGUGGCCAACAAGGAGAUUGAGGCCGAGGUGCUGAAGUCUGGCUGUCUGGACCUCGUCGAACCCUUUGUCACCUCCCACGACCCGUCGGCCUUUGCCAGAUCCAAUCUGGCACAUGCCCAUGGGCAGAGCAAACAUUGGCUGAAGCGAUUGGUACCCGUACUGAGUUCCAAUCGCGAGGAGGCCCGCAAUCUGGCCGCCUUUCACUUCUGCAUGGAGGCGGGCAUCAAGAGGGAGCAGGGCAACACCGACAUCUUCCGGGAGAUCAACGCCAUCGAAGCACUGAAAACGGUGGCCAGUUGCCCGAAUGCCAUUGCCUCCAAGUUCGCCGCCCAGGCGUUGAGAUUAAUCGGAGAGACGGUGCCGCACAAGCUGUCGCAGCAGGUGCCGCUGUGGUCCGUUGAGGAUGUGCAGGAGUGGGUGAAGCAGAUCGGCUUCAAUGACUACAUGGACAAGUUCAACGAGUCCCAGGUGGACGGUGAUCUGCUGCUGAAGCUCAACCAGGAUAACCUGCGCGCCGACAUUGGGAUCGGCAAUGGAAUUCUGCUGAAGCGUUUCGAACGCGAGCUGCAAAAUCUCAAACGCAUGGCCGACUACUCGUCCAAGGACACGGCCAAGAUGCACCAGUUUCUGUCGGAGAUCGGCACUGAUUACUGCACCUAUACGUACGCCAUGCUGAAUGCUGGCAUCGAUAAAUGUGCCUUGCCGCAUGUCAAUGAGGACAUGCUGAUGACGGAGUGUGGCAUCCACAAUUCGAUUCAUCGAUUGCGCAUUCUCAAUGCGGUCAAGAACCUGGAGAACUCACUGCCCAGUUCGUCGGAGGAGAACAUGGCCAAGACACUGGACGUUUUUGUAAGCUACAGGCGUUCCAAUGGCUCCCAGCUGGCCAGUCUGCUCAAGGUUCACCUGCAGCUGCGAGGCUUCUCCGUGUUCAUCGACGUGGAACGCCUGGAGGCGGGCAAAUUCGACAACGGCCUCCUGAACAGUAUUCGGCAGGCAAAGAACUUUGUCUUAGUAUUAACGCCCGAUGCCCUGCAUCGUUGCAUCAACGACGAGGACUGCAAGGACUGGGUGCAUCGCGAAAUUGUGGCUGCCUUGAACUCGAACUGCAACAUCAUACCGAUCAUGGACCAGCACUUCGAUUGGCCGGAGGUGGAGCGACUGCCGGAGGACAUGCGCAGUGUGGCGCACUUCAACGGGGUCAGUUGGAUACACGACUACCAGGACGCGUGCAUCGAUAAGCUCGAAAGAUUUUUGCGCGGCGAAAAGAAUAUCGAUCGCAUUGCGGCGAUGGUGCCCGGCACCCCCGGUUCGGUCUCAUACCAAAGAAUGCACAGCAACGACUCCGAUUACCAGAGCGGAGGAGCAGGCGGAGGAUCGGGACCAGCAGGCACUGCUGGAGGAGGCGGAUGUGUUGGCGGUGGCGGUGGCGCAGGCAGUGUGGUGGAUGGCCUAAUGGCGACGGCCAAUGGCAGCGGACAAGCUAAUCACCAGGCAAAUAGGUACCGCCAAUCCCCCUCGCCGGCCCGCCAAAGGGGCAGCACCUCGCAGCUGAGUGGCUAUUCGCGGGCGCCCUCGAAGCGCUCCCAGAUCCUGACACCCUACCGCACCCAGCAGGCGGCCCUGCUCCACAAGUCCGGAGCGGCCUCUGCGUCCAUGCAGAAUAUGACGCCGCUGGCGUAUCUGCCGCCCAGGAGAAGUUCAGCCGCGGGAUUGGGUCAUGGGUCUGGUGCCGGCAUGGGCAGUGGCUAUCGAUCGCACAGCGUGGAUGGGCUACUGGAUCAGGCAGGCUCAACGCCUGACCAGAGGAUAGCGGCAGCAGCGGCCAAGGUGACAGCGGGCAGUACAGCUCUGACGAAUGCCAGCUCCACGAGCACACUGCAACCUGAGGAAGAGGAGGCGGAAGUUGCCCUCAGUGAAACGGUGACGCGGCGGGACAAACACACCCUGUCUCCGCCUGCGAAUGUCCAGCAGCACCGGAAGUCCCGAAGUCUGGACCACAUCCUCAGCAAACAGACCCUAGCAGAAUUGCUGCCACCGAGUAUCGAACUCACAGAUGAAACGCAGAGCAUGCAAAAUCUGGCCAUUCCAAUGACUCCGCAGCCCCAACGAAGGGAGACCAGCUCCUCCUCAAAGUCGCCCACACCCGAAAGACCCCCACAGCCUGCGAGGGAAAGGGUUAGGGAACGCCAGAGUCCCGAGGGUGUGAGUGCGACGGAAAGCGAGCGUGAGGAUCAGCCGGAUGGGUGUCUGCGCCAUGGAAACCAACAAAGAGCCUCGGCCUCGGUUCAUCGCGGAGCCAGUUUGACCAGCAACAAGACUUCCAACUCAUCGCUGGGCUCCAACUACAGUGCCGGGGGAAACAACAAGACGAUCUUUAAUCGAACAAUGAAGAAGGUCCGCUCGCUGAUGAAAAAACCAUAAAAGCGAAAUUGGCUACCGCAAUCCGUUGUAACUGUUGUUAUCGUUGUGCCUGUUGUACUGCAUCCAACCCACAAAAGCACCCACCCUCCAAAUCGAAUCGAAUUCGAAAAACCCAUCAUCGCACCCGUGAUCAAUACCGAUGCCCACUCAGCAUCCGCUGUCUCGACAAUCAACAUUCAUUGUUAUUUAUUGCAAAACAACCAAGAAAAAAUAAACAAACAAAAACGAAUUGCGAUACCAAUAAAAUUGUAUAUAAUUGCAUAAAUCGAAA